CUGCCCGCCGCGUUCCGAUUGGCUGCUGUCUGCCCCGCCCCUCCCAGCUCCGCCCCGCCCCCGGCCAGGACAGCGCCAUGUGCGAGGACGGAGCGGCGCUGGAGCGCUUCUUGCAGCUGCACCCGGCGCUGCGCGUCCUCCCGCCGGGGAAGAAGGUCCAGUGCACGUUGACAGGCCAUGAGCUGCCGUGCCGGCUGCCUGAUCUCCGGGCCUACACUGGUGGCAAGAAGUACCAGAGGCUCAGCAAGGUUCCUGGCGUGUCGGACUACAGCGAAUAUGAGCCACACAUCGUACCUAGUACUAAAAACCCCCAUCAGCUGUUCUGCAAACUCACCCUCCGACACAUCAACAAGAUCCCCGAGCACGUUCUCCGUCAUGUCCAAGGGCGACGUUAUCAGAAAGCAUUGAAGAGAUAUGAAGAGUGCCAGAAAGAUGGUGUGGAGUAUGUCCCGGCUUGCCUCCUCCAGAAGCGGCGGCAACGACGGCGGGAACAGAAUAACCCACCUCCGACAGACGGGAGCAAGCCGCCUCGCAGGAAGGGGCCGUUCUGGGAGCCGCCUCCCAGCGAUGAGGACGGUGAUGAGACGGACGACAGCAUGAGCGACUUGUACCCGCCGGAGCUUUUCCCGGAAAAAGGUCCAGUGGGCAAGGCAGGCGGCCAUGAUGUUAUGACGGACAGCGAUGGAGGAGUCGCUGAACCGGCAACGGAGGACGGCGUCUUGAAUGGAGAGGCGGGAGAAGCGAUGGACGUUGAUUCCCCAGCGGGCACCAAGAGGCGAAAGAAACAAUCGGGCUCCAUGAAGAAGAAAUUCAAAAGCCAGCACAGACGAGGCAAAGGCUUUCGGAAAGCCGCCAAUGGCAAAUAAGUCUCUUCUGCGGCAACAUCCAGUUGGCUCUGUGUGACGAGGGGGCUGAUCCAAGGGAAACGGGGGCUUUCUCAAGAGGUGGCAUGGCCUUCAGUUCCAAGCCCGAGUUUCUCAAGAAACCAGAGAAAAUUAUGUUGAUGUACAAAUAAAGGAGAAGUUAUACUA